AUGGCGGCCCUGUCGGCGGCGGCGGCGGCGGCCCUGUCGGCCCUGGGGGUGCGGCUGUCGCGGUCGGCGGCGGCCCGCGGCUCGUACGGCGCCUUCUGCAAGGGGCUCACGCGCACGCUGAUCACCUUCUUCGACCUGGCCUGGCGGCUGCGCACCAACUUCCCCUACUUCUACGUGGUGGCCUCGGUGAUCCUCAACGUCCGCCUGCAGGUACACAUUUAG